CAUGGCUGGGUGGCAAAUUAGCCAAGUCAGUGCUCAUCACCAUCCCAGGGGGCUGAAAGCCAACACAUCCCAUUACCAUGGGGUAUCCAAUGUCUGUCCCAUGGGCAGUGGCCAAAGAGACCCGUGGGUAUGCAAGGUACCCAGUUCCCAUUGCAUCAGCCCAGCACCAUUGUGGUGUUGCUUAUGGUAGGGACAAGAUGGAGCCAUGGACUGGGACAUGGGAAUUAGAUGUUGGGAUGGAGGAUGCCGCUGAUGGGAUGGAAGGAUGCUGCAUUUGGGAUGGGGUGAUGGUGGCAGUGGGAUGGAAGAUGCUGCAGUUGAGAUGGGGUAAUGCCACAUGUAGAGGUGAUGGAGUAAUGCUGCAGGUGAAGAUGGAGAUGGAUGGAGUCUCAUCCCCCAUAUCCCCUCGUGUCACCACCACUGGCCCCCAGCAGGACCCUUGUGAUAGAUCCACCCCAACCUCAGCCUCAAGAGUCCAUCCCCCUCCCUGUCCCUGUCUCCACUGGCCCCACAGCCCACCCCGGAUGGCCGCAGGGGGGUUUAGCAUCUAAAGCCCUCAAAUCUCAAAUUGUGCUGCCCUGUCACAGCGAGGGUUUAGCCUUCGUUGCGUAACCCUGGGGCCACCUGGCCCCACGCUGCUGCGUCAGCAGCCACGGCCCAAAGCCCCCAAAGGGACACAGGCUGCUGGCCCCUGGGGGACACACGAUACCCCUGUCCCAGCACUAAUCCUCUUUGGGAGAACCCCACCAAUUAUCCCCCUCAAUUGGGGCUUGUAAUUAAUUGCCUGGGAACAGGGAAGGGGGGCUUUGUGUCUUCCCCCCACCCUGUAAUUACCACUUUUCGUUAUUCCUCUCUAAACUCCUUAACAAGGGGCUUAUGUGCUUACAGGGUCCGGUGGGCGCAGCACGGGGGGACAUGGGGGUCAACCCUGCACCCCAACACUCCUCCGCAAUCUCAGCCCUCCACUUCCCGGGGCCAGCAUCGCUGUGACCCCCGUGUCCCCACCACGGGUGGCUUUGGUGGCUUUGGUGGCUUUGGUGUCACAGGGUUUAGGGUUACAGAAAGGCAGCCAUGCCGGGGCUCAGCACCUUUUUAAUUCUUCAUCGCGUGGCUGAUUGAUCCCCCCCCGCACAGACACUAAAGAUUAAGACAGUGACAAACAGGCGGCUGCUUACACAGCGCCCGCGCUAAUCUGCCUUGAAGAGAGCACAGCCACAGCCCCAUCCUGCAGACGGGGACGGGGACAGCCCAGCAUGUCUGCAUCGCCGGAGGGGUCGGUGGUGAGCGCCGGGCUGGAGGACAGCCCCUCGGGACUGAGCCCGGCCCCUGGCAAGGCGCUGAGUCCCGUGCUGCUGUGUAAGGUGUGUGGGGACACCAGCAGUGGGAAGCACUAUGGCAUCUAUGCCUGCAAUGGCUGCAGCGGCUUCUUCAAGCGCAGCGUCCGCAGGAAGCUCAUCUACAGGUGCCAGGCAGGGACAGGGCUGUGCCCAGUGGACAAGGCACACCGCAACCAGUGCCAGGCAUGCCGGCUCAAGAAGUGCCUGCAAGCCGGCAUGAACAAGGAUGCUGUGCAGAAUGAGCGCCAGCCCCGGAGCACAGCCCAGGUCCGGCUGGAUAGCAUCGAGCUGGAUGCCAAGCUGCCCCCGGAGCACGUGGCUGCCACGCGUGAUGUCCCCCCAGUUCCCUGCCCGGCUCCCCGUGGCCCCGGGGCUACUGCUGCCACUGCUGCCGUCCCCCGCACGCCCACACCGCCCAGCAACCACCGCUUCAUGGCCAGCCUGAUGACGGCCGAGACCUGUGCCAAGCUGGAGCCUGAAGAUGUUGAUGAGACAGUAGAUGUGACGGGUGGUGAGCCUGAGCGGGCGGGCGGUGAGUACCAGGUGGCCCCGUAUCCAGCAGCUGGUCCCGAAAAUGUCUACGAGACCUCGGCACGUCUCCUCUUCAUGGCUGUCAAGUGGGCAAAGAAUCUGCCUGUCUUCUCCAAUCUGCCCUUCCGGGACCAGGUGAUCCUGCUGGAGGAGGCGUGGAGCGAGCUGUUCCUGCUCUGUGCCAUCCAGUGGUCCAUGCCCCUGGAGAGCUGCCCGCUGCUGGCCGUCCCCGAGCCGUCCCCCGGCAAGCUGCUGCCAGCUGCUGUGGACGUGCGGGCACUGCAGGAGACCCUGGGACGCUUCAAAGCAUUGGCAGUCGAUCCCACCGAAUUUGCCUGCAUGAAGGCUGUGGUGCUCUUCAAGCCAGAGACCCGCGGCCUGAAGGACCCUGAGCAAGUGGAGAACCUGCAGGACCAGUCUCAGGUGAUGCUGGGCCAGCACAACCGCUCCCACUACCCCGGGCAGCCCGUCAGGUUUGGGAAGCUGCUGCUGCUCCUGCCGGCGCUGCGCUUCCUCUCCUCCGAGCGCGUCGAGCUGCUCUUCUUCCGCCGUACCAUCGGCAACACCCCCAUGGAGAAGCUGCUCUGCGACAUGUUCAAGAACUGACCCCUCCCUGUUGUCACCUGGCUGCUGCUCGGUGUCUUUUGGGAUAGCCCGGGCUGUUUGUCCCUCCGUGCCGGCACUCCGUCACCCCCCGCCUCUCCUCGGGGUGUGGACGUCCCCAGGCCAGCAGUCAAGUCCUUGGGGUGCUCCCAAGUGGUGCAGGAGGCUGGGUGGCAGGGGGACAUCUCCAGGGUGGCACCAGGACCUCACGGGAUGGGCACCUCGAUGGGUACUGCUGCCUCCAACUCAACCCUGAGCACUGCCUGGACACGGUGUCAGCAGCGCCCCAACCCAGGGACGUGACACCAGCCUGGGGGUGGCACUGGUGGGGGACACGUGGGGACAGAGCUGUCAUCCCAUCCCAGGGGCCUUGCAGCCAGCCCCCUGUUUUGUACUCCGAAUAAAGAGGGCUUUUGCAGACAGCCUCCUCGUGCCCUUCUCUCAGGGUCUGGCACUGGGGACACUGGGGACACAGGGCCAGAACAGCCAGCUGAAAACCACAUCUCCAGCUCCAAAAAGAAAGCCAAGAAGCAACACCCACCUGCAGACCCACAAACCAG